AUGGCAUCCACCAUGUAUUCGGAAUUAUGCGAAGAGAUAUACAAACGAAUCACAGCCAAGCUACAGGGAUCCCCCGAGGACGGGCGCCGCUUCGCCGCGACAGGAACAACCAAGAAAGUGCUGAACGAUGGCCUUCUCCGACGCUUUUUCACCAGUCUUGAACUUCAUGACGGAGUCUCGAGGGCUACUACUUCUAACACGGAUCAUUUAAUACGGAGGGUUGCUGAAAGAGACCUGUAUAACUUUUUGGCAACUCUGAUCUACAUUACUUGCAGCAUCCAUGCCGCGCGAACCUUUGUGACUGAGCUUGUCGCUCACGAUGUCUGGCAUGCCGAAAUUUACAAGCUGCCCGUGAAGCGCAAUGUCUUGGCUGAUCUGUUCCGGGAUGAAGUUACACCAGACAAAUUUCUUGAGCAUCAAGCAUGUUUCUGUCCUGUGGUGAUUAAAAGGGGGGAAGAAAUUCCCAUUGAGAAUCCGGACAGACAGCGUCUUCCUUAUCUUGGGGAGACCUUUCUCAAUGAAGGCUCAUUUGGUGCAGUGUAUAAGGUAAAAAUUGCCAAAGGACACUUUUACGAUCCUGCCAUGAAGUCUGCCAACGGUGAACCAAUAGAAAUUGCGCGCAAGGACUACAUUCGAUCUUCACGAGAGAAUAGGAACGAAAUGCUCAUUAUGAAGCAAAUUUUAUCUGCGGAGUGGUCCUGCAAAAAUAUCGUGGAAAGCUACGGCAGUCUUGCAGUGGGCCUAAAGACAUACAGUCUGUUCAUGCCGCUUGCCAUGUGUGACCUGUGGGCAUACAUGAUGCAAUACACACCUCAGAAGCCCGAGAAAGCCGCAAUUAUUAAAGCCGCUCAGGGCCUUGCCAAUGGGUUGAAAUUUCUUCAUACCGGGAUCACGAUGGGCGAUGGCGAAAGGCUGGUUUGUUAUCAUAUGGAUCUCAAGCCCAAGAACAUUCUGGUAUUUCCGGAAGAGCUAGAUGGAAACAUCCAUUAUGUUUGGAAGAUCAGUGACUUUGGCAUGUCUCGUGUGAAGAGUGUGAGAACAGAGAGGUCUGGAUUGCGUAGCGAGGGAGAGAAUAACUUCAACGGUCCCUUUGUUCGACGCGAACAGCCAGAAGACGGGUCUGGAACAAUGAAUCGUCGAGAACAAUCAACUUACCUUGCACCCGAGUCCAUCUCUGCGAACCGAAAUAUGAAGACCAGCAGUGAUGUAUGGUCUCUCGGUUGUGUCAUUAGCGUCCUGUUCGCAUAUUUGGAAGGUGGCGCCGCUGGAGUGACCAGCUAUUCUGACAAGAGAGUAGCCCAUUCAAAAUCAGAGAGCUAUGAUCGUUUCUUUGUUCGGGACGGAGGAUUCAAGCCCUUUCAAGUCAAUCCGGAGGUCAGAAAGUGCCAUGACUAUCUGAUUGUGAGAGCAAGGCAACGAAACGCCAACGAAGGAGCAGCCGUGCGACUUAUGUUAGAGUUCCUCGAGAAUGAGGUCUUCAAAGAUCAAUCAAAACGAUGCAACGUGUCUGCCGUGGAAGUUAUGAUCCAAGCAACAAGACAGAUAUAUGAGAACCUGGAGCAACCACCAAUAGAAACCCAAUAUAUGCCUAGGAAGUCCAGUUGGGUUAGGAAAAUGCGCAAUCAACUUUCGAGUGCUGGUGGAGAAACAAGCCAUGGUGUGGAUUUCAGACUUGAGAGGAUUUUUCUGGACGAUAAUGAGCCUUUCAAAGGAUGUGGAAUCUCGCCGGAUGGAUAUAUUGUUGCCUUUUGGACUGAUUUCAAAAUAUCGAUAUACACGUCCAACUCAUUGCCUAUAGCAGGGGCGAAUGAACCAAUCCCGGUGGUGAAGCCAGCAGGAGAGUAUACAAUAUCAGAUUGUAUCUGGAAAUCCGUAAGCGUGACGGAUAAGUACCUGGUAGCAUCCACAUCGGGGGGAAAUUUCGAGUGCUACGUUUUUGAUUUCCAAGAAGGACACUCGCCGGGUGAGAGCCUUCAAUACCCGCGUCAUACCUCCCUGCAAUCGCUUCCGGAAAUCAAAAGGCUAGCUCUCUCACCCGACAGCCAGACAAUCGUAUUUAUUCUGCGUGAUCCAAAUGACGAGAACAAACCCGGGACCCUGUACCGUGCUCCAGUCGGGUCAGUGGAGCACUGCCAGCGCCAAUUUGAAUUGGAUUGGCCUGCAUCGGACGCUAUUCAGUUGUUCUUUUCAACAACCGAGGACAUAUGGAUCAUCUUUCGUCCACAUCUUACAUCUCGUGACUGGGAGCACAAGAUCCCAAUCUUUCACGUCUGCCUUAAAUCAAAACAGAUAGAUCCUCUCACAAUUGAAUUGCAAGGAUUCGACAUCACCAGUACUGUGGGCAUAUUCACGACCUUGGCCCCCUUUAACGAGGUUCCCGAUGCUUGCGCGGUUGUCACCCGCGAAGAAAUGCUUCACAUCAGGAGCCUUGACCCAGAGAGCAGGAUUCAGCCAGCCGCGGCAGAUAUCCACACAUAUCGAGUAUUGAAAUUGAUGAUGGGCUGGGAUGAUAAGCGACUGUUCGCUGUUGGCAAACGGACCGCUAAUCAUAAGAUGCUCUUGUUAGAAAUGACAAUGCCAGGACCGACUAAAACAACUUUGAUCAAAGAGCUUGCUGAGCUCCCAGGCCUCUCAAAUGAUGAUGAAUUUGCCGUGAAGCUGUCUUUCUUGAGAGAAGAGAAGUUUAUUCUUCUCGCUGCCCUUACGAAUGACAAUCGACGUGCAAUAUACAGGUUCCGGAUUAUUUGA